AUGGACGGCGUAGACCAUGUCGAAAAUCGUUUUAAUGCUUGUUGCCAAAGUUUAGAAGAAAGGUUAUAUGCUAAAUUAGUUAUUUGCCAAUUUCCUAUCGGAGAGUAUCAGGGCAUCGAAGGGAUUAUUGACUUAGUGGAAGAAAAGGCUUAUUAUUUCCAAGGCGAUCAUGAAGAAAGUCAUCAAAUUAAGGAAAUACCUGCUCAUUUGAAAGCAAAAGUUCGAAACUAUCGGCAAAAUUUACUAGAAAAAAUCGUUGCUUAUGAUGAAGCAAUAGGCUUGAAAUAUCUAGAGGGACAUCCGUUGACUAUCCAAGAAAUAAAACAAUUAAUUCGCAAAGCAGUACUUAGUAGGGAGUAUUUUGCCGUUUUCUGUGGCUCAGCUUAUAAACAUGUGGGGGUAAGACUACUUCUGGACGGAGCAAUUGAUUAUUUGCCUUCUCCAUUAGAUCGCAACCAAAUUACAGUAUUUACUGAACAAGAAGAAGAAAAAAUUUCAAUUUUAGGUUAUCCUCGCACCUUAGGACUAGCUUUUAAAAUUAUGAAUCUUCCUUUUGUAGGGAAACUAACUUUUGUUCGAGUCUAUUGUGGAAAAAUCUCGGCUAAUUCUUAUGUCUACAAUGUUAAUAAGGGAAAAAAAGAAAGGAUUAGCCGCUUAGUACGGAUGCAUGCUAACAAGCAAGAAGAAGUGUCUGAAGUAAAAAUAGGUGAUAUCGUUGCUAUUAUUGGUUUAAAAUAUACUACUACAGGGGAUACUUUGUGCGGAGAAGAAAAAGACAUUUUGCUCGAACAAAUCAGCUUUACCGAGCCGGUGAUUUCUUCAGCAAUUGAACCAAAGACCAAAAAAGACCAAGACGAAUUAAGUAAGGGCUUAAAAUCUUUAUCUGAAGAAGAUCCAACUUUUCGCUAUCGUUAUGAUUCCAAAACUAGGGAAAUGAUUAUUAGCGGAAUGGGAGAAUUACAUUUAGAAAUUUUAGUUGAAAGGUUAAAAACUGAAUUUGGAGUGGAGGUAAAAGUUGGCAAACCACAAGUUGCUUACCAAGAGACCAUUAAAAAUGAAGUGGAAAUUGAAUAUGUUCAUAAAAAACAAACUGGCGGGGCUGGGCAAUAUGCCAAAAUCAAACUCAAGUUUGAACCCCUUCCAGAAGGUGAAGAGAACGAUGAAAACGAAGACUUUAAAUUCGAUUGCAAAAAAUUCAAAGCUGGUGGAGGUGGAGGUGGAGAAAAAUUUGGUAGAGGCAAUUGUUUCGUUCCAGCCAUAAAAAAAGGCUUAAAAGAUACAUUUCUUCAAGGACAUCUCUUGGGAAGCAAAGUAAUUAACGUUAAAGUAACUUUGUUAGACGGAGAAGCAAGUAAUAUUCCAGAAGACUAUUACGGAACAGUUUUAGCCAGCGUUAUCUCUAAAAGAGGCAUAAUCGAAAGCAUUGAAAAGAAAAGAGAAUUUUAUCUCUUAAAAGCCCAAAUACCUUUGGUCGAAACUUUUGGUUAUUCGACUACUUUGCGUUCUUUAACCGAAGGCAGAGCUACCCAUUCCCUUCAAUUUUCCCAUUAUCAAGAAGUUCCUUCACACAUUAUGGAAGAAUUAGUAGGAAAAAAUAAUGAAAAACUUCGUUCUUUAAAAUAG